GCCGUUUCGGCCCUUGCGCAUCUUGAACAAUUUGGUUUGGACAUUCAGCGCCAUGUGACUUUCCUCUCACAGACUGUGUACAGCUCUUCCCACCUCUUUCCGUAGGUCUGCAGGCUCUCUGGUACUAGUCUGGAUGUUUUGAAGGAGGAUAGCAUGUGUCUUCAGCUGGAAGUUGUAGUCUUUGCAAUAUUCAGUCCAUCUAUUGAGUACAACAUCGCUUGUGACAAUGACUAUUCUGUCUUCGAUGAGGUUCUUUAGUAUUUGAUACUAUCACUCCGUGCUAUUCCCUCCUCUAUGAUCAGGCAUUGGCCCUCGAUCCUAGUUUCCCUUGCUGCCUUCAUCCUUUUCCUGAUGGCACAAUUCACUUUUUUGUGCUUGAAUGCUCCUUUGUGUUUGCUUUUACUUUAUUUGGCCAAAGGACAUCGAAGAGAGAAAGUAAAAGCAAACACGAAUGAUCUAGGAUGUUGUUUGUGACCCAGGGUUGUUUCUUCUGCCUGCUCCUCCCCCAGCCUAGUAAGGUUCAGGUGCCGCCAGCUCGACUUUAUAUAGUUCCAAGCAAUACUCUGUCCAUCGGUCUAGUACAGCCUGUAAGGAGACAGCCAGCCCUGUUGUUGACGACAGACGACUUCUGCUGCUGACUUACGUGGGAUUUGUCGCCCCGAGCCAACCCUUCCUUAAUCUCAGUGCCCUUUGACCUAUGUUUUCCUUGCUGCAUUCAUCCCUUUCCUGAUCGUGCGAUCGACAUUGCGAUGUUCUACCGCUGCCUCGGGAUUGGGUGAGCAUCGCUGUACCUGCUGCUUCAAACGAGGCUGUGGUCAAUGUCGAUCUGCCCUCGUCUUUGCCUGGCUGGUGCUCGACUUUAAGUGUCUCGGCAGUCAGAAGUUCAGGUCCCCAGUCACUGCCAUCACCUUGUUUAGCUCCUGGAAAAACUCCACUUCACUGUGUUCGUACGUGGAGGUAAGAACAUAUCUGUGACAUUAGCAGGCCUGGCAGGCGGAUGGGUGCUCAGCUCCCACCACUUCCCUCUGUACCAGGAAGCCCACGCCCUGCUCCUUAGCUCCUACUGUACCACAGUUUACACACACAGGCGCACACACACACACAUGUCCAAAUAUGUUUGUUCAGAUAUAAGUACAGAUGUGCACAGGUACGUUUACACAACUGUGCACACACACACACAUUGAAUAAACUUCCAAAAUAAAUGUGAUACUUUACAGAAAAUAAAAUCUACAUGAAGCACGGUUAAACGGAAAUUCUCAAACACUGACUUCAUGCACAUAAGGAUAUUAAUCAAGGUUUCGUCACAAAGAAUAUGUUGAACACGCAUUACAGGAUACGAUUUGUUGUGGCUACAUCAGGAUAGAAAAAAAUAAAAUAGUCACCUAGCAAAUAACUUAAGACAUUUACACACAAAGUUUACAAUGGGAAGCCCCAAUCCUCGCCUAUUAAUAGUUUUUAGUCAAAGAUCUUGUAAGGAAACCCCUGGAAAAUCCCGUGGUUCGAUUAUCACUCACCCCCCCGUCAAGGGACGCAACCGCUACGGCAUGAGGAGAAGGGUGGGUACUGGUGGGUGUGUGGGAACAGAAGUAGGGUGUGUGGGAGUGAAAGUGCGGUGUGUAGUGGUGGGGUGUAUGGGACAGAGGACACCGACACAGCAACAUUUCCCUGUCUCAAGUGAAAACAUCUCGACCCUGCUACUGCUGGCACGACACACCAGGCCAGUGUUACCUGGCAGGGUCUACCUUCCUCUUGUCAAGCCAAUCUUUUCCCCGCGAUCUCUUGCCGAUGUUGACGCCACUGGUGUGACCAGGAAGCUAAUACCGGCUGGUGACACACACACCAACUCUCCAUAAACCGUAUAUCAAGUGUUACCGCCACACUACAGCUACACCAACCCACAGUCGCCAAGAUCACAGUCACUGUGUUGUAAUCUUUAGUCACACUGAGGUUGGAAGGACACAACUCGUCCUGUUACACAAGAGUGCGAGCUUGUUCAGUGAUUGAGAAGAUAUCAUUCAGGUGUUUUUUUUUUCCUUUUGUUGCGUGCAUGUCAGCAGCGUGCCAUGGUCAAGGAAUCACAAUUCAGUUACGGUUCACCUGGCAGCACUGGAGGUAAAUAGGUCAACGUGUGGGAGCAUGCCCGAGGUGUGUGUGGAUCAUCAGAUGAGAUGACGAGUAUACGAAGGUGCAAACUUGAAAACAAGGAUGACCUGGAGUGUCAGGGCUGGUACUGGGGACCACUCACGAGAGAAGAGGCAGUAGAGAUCCUUCAGAACUAUGAUCAUGGUCACUUUCUGGUGAGGGACUCAACCAGUGAGCAUGAAUACACUCUGGUGGUGAGAAAAGGUAAUGCGAUUCGAUCAGUUCGUAUCAUGAAGUGGGAUGGCAAAUUUGGCAUCUUGAGCAGCCAUUGUAACUUUCCUUCUGUGACAUCAUUGGUUAAUCAUCUGCUGAAGCAUCCAGAAAGCUACAAGAUCCAGUUUCCCGAUCUGGACUUUCACCAUCCUGUUUUGAAGCCCCGUAAUGAGAGAGAUAACUUGCCAGAACUGAUGUUGCAAGUGGUUCUUAAGGGCAAGGAGCUGCUUCUGAAGCGUAACGACUACACGAAUCACCUCCAGAAGGUCAAAAUGGUUGCCAUGGAAAUUCAGUGUUCCCAGACAACAAUUACUUCCUUACAAGUAGUGCAUGAAAUGUUUGAAGAACAGCUACGCAUCCAGACAGAAUCUCGCAGAAACAUCAUGUUUGAGGACCAGACAACUGUUAGCAGCCUUGCAAUGAAUAUGGCUCAGUUGCACAGUCGUCUGCAGCUCAUUGAGACCAAACUGAAGGCAGAGAAAAAACAUCUUGUCGAUCUGCAAGCUGAACAUCAUUACCAGAUGGAAAUUACUGAGUUUUUGAACCCUAAGCUGUCAAAGCUGGAGAUUGAACAAAAGCAACUUUGCAGGCAAGCUCUAGAAAUGGGUAUACUGAAGGAAUACUUGGAUCUGUUACUUAUGGAAGAAGAAUGUAGUGACACAGGCCACUUCAGCCACAGUUUUUGGCUGAUUUCUUGCAACCGCCCCAAGGCAGAAGAGCUUCUUAUGGAUCGAAUACCUGGGACUUUCCUCAUUCGCCCUCGGGAAUCAGGCUUUGCUCUGUCUGUGGUAUGUGCUGAUGGAGAAGGAACAAAGAUCUGUCACUGCUGUAUCUGCUGCACACAAGAAGAUCGCUAUGGAUUUGUUCCUGAGUUUUGCCUCUUUGACUCUUUGGAAGAACUUGUCAUCAAGCACAAGACCAUCUCAUUACGUUUCUACAAUCCCACAUUAGAUGUGUGUUUAACCUAUCCUAUUAACUACAGGGAAAAUGACCAAUGAUCUUCACAUCAGUCUUUACUUCCCAAUAAAUAAAAAUUAAUUUUCAUAAAGUGUGUUAUCAUCAUGUUUAUACAUCAUAAACAUUCCUAACAUAACCUUAACACAAAUCUUUAAAUAUCAAUAGCUUAUGAGACUUAAAAACAUAUAAAAGAAAGUCCUUUGUAGUGUAUUUUUGUGAUCAGUAUAUGACCAGUCAUCUGUCAUUUUCUAAUCCUGCAUUAUAGGUUAGCUUUGAAAUGGUUGUAGCCAAGAAUACAGAAGGUCUUCACUAAAAUCUUUUUUUGGUACAAAAUUGGGCAGAAUUUUUGUCUUCUAGACAGAAUUAGUUGUGUUACAAGAGAGAGAAAAUUUUCUUGAUGGGAAAUUGCUCUUGAAAUGAGUUGAACUAGAUUGCUCCCCUUGACUUCUUUCACAUAAGAUUCUAUCCUGCAUGUCCACUGAGAUGCUAACACAAUUAGCAGGAGAAAUGAAAUAAGAGACAAGAAGGAACAACUUCUAAAUAAUAACGCUGGUGUUGUGAACAUUAUCUUUUCUGCAUUUUCAUAUAAGGAGUCUUGCAGAACUGAAAACUACAUAAACUAAAACUUGUGGACAACGGCAAGACCCACCAGCUGGAUGGGUCACUCUGCUUUCAGGAUGUACAAUCCUUGACCAAGUUAAGCAAUCCUCAUGCUACUGUGAGCCACUCUAGAGAAUGCAUUUAAGUCUUUAAAUAGAGACCACCUGGCAAUUUCUUCUGUCCCUGACACCCCGAGGAUGGAGACAAAGGCUUUUGUCAUCUCUGACACAAACUGCGGAUGUGUUGGUUGGCUGAUAUGAGCAGCAGUACAGCACAGCACCAGUCCAAGAUUUGCUGUUCUUUCUCUGCAUGUGCCACACCCUACAGGUGCUUUGCUGUGAUGUAGUUUUAUUUGGUGGUACAGUAUAAAAUAUCUACUUUCCCUGCUGCCCCCUCAUCUUUCUGGUGCAUCUAAUAGUCAUGAUGGGAAGUUUCUGUUGGCACAUGAUUAUGCCAAUCUGGAAAUCAGUAAUCUUGCUGGAGAGAAAAAAAAAAAGUCUGCUGAUACUGGAGAGAGAUUUCGGAAUUCAACCAACCACAGUCAUUCAAAACAGGUAAAAUAUGUGUACUUGAAUUGCAUGUUUUCAUGUAGGUGUACAAAUCUUUGUAUACAUGUGUCCAUGUAUGUGUCUGUAUGCUUUUGCAUUUGUGUAUAAGUGUAUGUGUGUGUGUGCAUGCGUUUUCAUUAUUGUUGAAGCAUAAUCCUAAUUGUUAAGUGUAGUUAUUAUCAAAUUUUUAUAAACUUGUGUUAUUUAUGAAACAUAUUUCAAAAGCAUAUCAAUUAAGAAUGAUAGAAGAAUUAGUUUAGUGCCUGUAUUCAAAUUACUAUAUGAACGUGUAUAUGUAUGUAUGUGUGUAUGUUUUGCAAGGGUGGGUGCAAGGCUUAGCUAUGCAUCAGCACUGCUUUCACUUACAUAUGGACAAAGUUUGCUUUUGGUUGUUUUAUUCUGUAUGGGUGGCACAAUUAUGUCUUUUGUGAAAUACUAUAGAAUCGAAUAUUAUUUGUUGAUUUUGUUAAAAUAAAAGUCAGGUAAACAAAUUGAUUAGUUUAAGA